AUGUACAAGCAACUCGCAACCGCCGCCCUCUUCGCCGCUGGCGUCAAGGCCCACGGCCAUCUCCAGAGCCCCGAGCCUCGUCCUCUGGGAGCCGCCAUGGAGGCCGCCUGUGGCCAGCAGGUCUACGACAUGAUGGAGUCGGACGAGAACGGCAACAUCCAGACCAUGGCGCAGACGGGUGCCUCGCAGUCCGACUACGACGCCACCGCCUGCCACCUCUGGCAGUGCCGUGGCUACCAGUUCGCCGACGCCAACAGCAGCACCAUCCACAGCUACAGCGCCGGCCAGGUGAUCCCCGUCGAGGUUGUCAUUGCCGCCCCUCACACCGGAACCGCCAACGUGUCCAUCAUCAACCUGGCCGAGAACGAGGUGGUCGGUGAUCUCCUGGCGUACUGGAGCGUCUAUGCCUCCGUGUCCACGGGUGUGGCUGCCAACGACACCUCCUUCAGCAUCACCAUGCCCGACACCCUGCCCGAUGCCUGUGCCACCCAGGGCGGCUGUGCCAUCCAGUGGUGGUGGAACGCCGCCUCCAUCGACCAGACUUACAUGAGCUGCGUCGACUUUGUCUGGGACGGCACCACCGCCGCCGGCAGCUCCUCUUCCUCUGCUGCUGCCUCUUCUGCCGUCGCCGCCUCUUCCACCGUCGCUGCUGCCAGCUCUGCUUCUUCCUCCUCUGCCGCC